GUAUUAGUGUCAACUUUACAAGAGAGAAAGAGGUACCCAACAGGUUGAGUGGGGGAGGGAACCGGAAGUGGGUUCGGACAGCGUGGUGUAUGUCAAUCUUGCUGGUUGCGAACUUCGGUGGGAAUUUGUUUACAUCGAGCAGUGGGGGACUUCAACGAGAUUCGGCACAUUUCGAGUGAUGAAGACAGCGUAAUACAAGCAUCAGGAUGCCUCUCGUGAUCAACGGGGCCGUGGUAGACCAGCUCCCGCCCGACACACGUACGCUGUUCGAAACGUACCCGCACUUCAAGGAAAUUGCGGCAGGUCUGAUUUCCCAAGUGCCCAAGGUCAUUGGCCCACUGGGACUGCUGUACAUCCACCAGCGCGAAUUUGCAGUGACUGUGCCACAGGACAAAAAUAUCAGCGUCCUUGGAACAGAUGAAGCCACUACGUGCAUCAUGGCUAUCGUCCGGCACACAGGUUCCGGGGCUGUGUCGCUAGCACACUUCGAUGGCUCGGGCCUUGAGCAAGGUGUGGCGUCUACGGUGCGGAGAGUGCAGGAGCUCUCGCUUCCCAUUCCAGAAGGAAGGUUUGAGGUCUACCUUGUUGGCGGCUUCCUGGACCGUCGGGGUUACUCGGAAAGCCUGGCCAAUCAGAUUCUCUAUGCCUUGCACAAGCAGCCUGUCAACCUCCACUUGGUGACUGCCUGUGUUUGUGAGCUGAACAACGUUCUUCGCGGGAAUCUCAACUGGCCAACCAUCUAUGGCAUCGGUGUCAAUAUCAAGAGCGGUGAGAUAUUUCCAGCCACAUUCCCCGACAAAGGUCCCGAGCUUCCCCUUCGUUCGGCGAGACACUUCACUGGCUGCCAUGAGAUGUGCGACAUCUAUGACUGCUCAUUAGGAAUGAUGCGCAUCGGCCCCUUCAACUAUGAGCCAAUGCGAGGAGUCGACCUGUGGCUGUCACAGAAUGACGACUUCAUUCUGCAGCACUUGUCAACGUCGCCCGAGGUGGAGUCGCCCAUGUUCGUGAUGCAAGUGCGGGCUGCCCUGAAGUACAUCCAGCAGCACCCGUUCCCGGGCGUCACCGUGUUCCCUGACAAUCGGCCACACUACUUCCGCAAGGACGAGGGUGGUGCCUGGAUCCCAUUCUGCUAUUGAACCGCAUUUCGGCACAGUGUCGGCUGUUGUAGAAAUUGCAGCUCACUUUUUACAUGCACUGUCGCCCGAGAUGUUGCUGCGACGUCUUUUUCCAAUGUCGCAAGCGCCGAUUAGUAUUAUGGUGGAAUGGUUCGUGCUUCCUUGACCGAGUGCGGUUGGCCCAGAGAGAUUUUGCUUCCAGUGUUCAAGUUUUAAAAGUGGUGUUGGGGUGAGAGUGGUUGCCAACUGAGAGUUCCGGAUUCAAAUACUCCGUUUCGAAUGGUGGAAGUUCAUGCCAUGAAUCUCUUGUUAGUUGUGCUGCAUCGAUGGUGUGACUGUCAGAGUAGCAUUUUAGACUGGACACAAGCUAUUAAACCCAGGAAUCUCUGUUCUCUGUUGUUCCAAGAAGUUUGGCUCUGCUUGUUGAGAGCCCAAAAGAUUUAAUAGCGUUUCCCGCAAAGGAGGGUUAGUGAGUGCAAUGAGCUGCGGUGUGCUUAGUUUUUUAAUCACGUGUACACAUUGGCUGAAGGUUAUGUGAAAGCCCAGUAUGCGGAAACUGCAUUACUUGCAUGACCAUGUCUUGCCGUCAGACGGCGGUGGUGGCGCAGUUAUAGUGGCCCCAGUGGAAAAUGCUGUAAUUUCGUCAGAAGUGGCUAACGCUUCUGCAUGGUUCCGUGGGGAAGGCUAACCUCGGCAAUGGUGACGGUGUUGCCGGUGUCCCGGUGGGUGGUGCCAUAUUUACAUGAGAGAGAGAGAACAAAAUGGCUGCCUCUUUCAAAAUUGCAAGUUGGAAAGUGAGUCAAGUCGUAUGCGACGCAGCUUAUGAAUGUAGUUACGGUUGGCGAUCUUGUUGUUAACCUGUACAUGUGUGAGGUUAUGUAAACACUGAAGCCAGUUUAUUUGGGCUAGUGGUUUAAAUUUGAGUACAAUGCCAUGUCUGUGUACUGCAGUGUUAAGGUGCAGUAUUUUUUAAAAGCACACUGUAAGAGCAUUUCUAGCCCUCAAAUCUAAGUGUUUGUUCCUUGAGGUCUUGAUUGUUUGGUUUUCAUUGAGCAGCUAAUUGUUGUGCGCUUCAUGUACUGCACAUUAGAGCGUAAACCUCUUCUUUUUUUGGCUCUGGAAUGGUUGCUGUUCACAUCACAUUUUGAAUGUCGUGUCAAUUAGAUGUUAUCAUUCCAUAAUAAGCUUAUGUACUUGUGAUUUGAUGCUUCUCAAGCCACGGGCAGACAGGUUGUUAAUGAAAGUAGUAUGCAACUCGCACCAAGACAUGCAGUGAAGCAUGCCCUCUGUAGCAGUGUUCACUUUCCAGGGACAAAGCACCUUCACAACUGAGACAUGAGCCAGCGCGAAUUUAAAUUAUGUUUGAGUAUUCGUGGUGUCUGAGCUAUGUAUUUUUGCUAGUAGGUAGCUGGCAUGAUUGACCUUGUUCAUAUGACUUGAGCGUACGGGAGCUUGAGGCCACAAGUUCAAAUCCCGACCACAAAGGCCACAUUAUGAUGGGGUCUGAUGCAAUACUGUUGAUGCACUACCCCUACAGUUAGUUUUGUGGGCACGGGAUCAAAGAGGAAACCUUUUUUUCUUCAAACCAGCGCAUCCACCUUCAAGUUUGAAAAGUGCAGUAGAUAUUUCCCUGCAACCUCCUACAUUGUUCACAUAAAUUUCGGCCUGUGGGGCAAAGUUGCUAGUAAAUGCAACUUUUUCACGGAUUCCAUGCUCUUGAAAAUUUUACAGCCAACUGUACCUAGAUUUAGUUGCAUGUUAUAGAAGUCGAGGCAGUAAAAAUUAAAUCAUAGCUCUCCGCUACGGUGUCUCUUGUAGCCUGCCGCCUUUCCUUGGGUAGGUUGAACCAAACAAUUAGGGUACGGUAUUUGUGUGUUUUUGUUUCAAUAGGUAAUAUGCGAAAUCCCAUAUGCAAGCUUUCCCACACACAUAGUUUGACCUAAUUACGAUGGCGGACAUCGGUUUAUAAUUGUAAGGUUCUUUUUGCGACUUCCAUCAUAUCUGUACUUGCAUGUAUCGUCUUCAUUUCCAUCGGCAGUUUCUUUCUGUGUUUAACAGGCAUCUGAAGUACCAACUCGCAUAGUUGUUGGUGUGACUCCUUUUGUGUUGCCUUAGUUAAUAGGGGGUGUACUGGAGACAUACUGUAAAGUAUAGAUGUGUGCGCUAGUGCUGGCAAUGCCACCUUGUAGAGCUCCACUUUUAAAGCGCAGCUUUUAGGCGCCCAUUCCUGUGGCGAGCGUUGGCAUAACCGAGCGAACGAGCACAGUGAAAGAUGAGCGCAAACGCGGAGCGCAGCGAGGGAUGAAAAGAAAACGACGGGAGUGAAGAGAGUGCGAUGAGGAUGCAGCGGAACCAUGAGGCAGAAAGCGGAGGAAGGUGUGGCGAAAGCGUAAGAAGAAAAGCGUAGUGCUGUGCACGAGGGUCCUUGGGCGGUGGCCAUGAAAUGGCGCCAGAGUAGUGUGCGUCGUCUGUAUGGAAACAAAGCGUUGCAUGUGCGGAGGUUGUCUGCGGCGGUUGCUCUGAAUCGCACCCACGCGUCGCCCACAUGCUUCCUCUUGUGAUCUGCCAAUUAGCAAGGCCAUAGCGCCACACUUUGCUCCUUUUGCAACGUGCCGCAUGAGACAGAUCGUCCGCGCCAGCCAACAUGUCGUGAAAUGAAAGCAUGUAUACAGGUGCGCUCAAAUUUCACAUUAGGGAGUAUUGUAAUCGUCGCUGAAUGUUUAAUUAGGGUUGCACAGAACUUUCACCUCAGUGACCUAACUAUAUUUCAUUUAUGUGCUGGGGUGAAUGUAUUAGCAGCAACAUAAUAAUCAUAAAGGCAUUUUUUACCCUUGCUCUUUCCAAAGAAAACAUUAAAGCGAUGCACUUAAGCUUUUAGCAUAUUAAACCUGUAAUGCUCAAAAACCGUUCCACAUUGUGGAACAAAUUGUUGACAUUUAUUUCUGAUCAUAGGGUAGACUUGUAGAAAACCAAGAAAAUGCUUUGUCACUUAUCACUGAAUUACUGUACUAAUUAAUUAGUAAUUAAUUUGUUAAGCUAGCCACAGCGGUAAGUUCAAUCCACAUACAAAAAAACCGCAGCUGUGAGCUUCGCAUUAAGUUUCCUGUGCUUCAUUCGGCAUUUUGACGCAUCAAACUCGGUGUAAUGUAUAUGAUACAUUGGGUAUUACAGGGUGAAGGUGGACAUGGUGCUGUUGCCACCAGUACUUCUGUUCCUCAGGUGCAUCGUCUGCUCUUGCAGCAUAGCUCUACAGUAGGGACGUCUCCAUUUGCUCUUAAGCCUCUCCCUGGUUUCAUGAGCUGCAAUGUAUUGGUGUUUUUAUAUUUACGCUUACCAAAUCUCUUUUCUGUGGCCUGUCUGCAUCCAAACGUGGCAAAGUAUCAUGUUCACUCAUGACCAUUCCCAUUUUUCAGCGCAAUUCGGUGUCGUGCUUCUGUUUUCUGAAUGAUUCUUUUUCUCAUGACUUUAUAGAGUCAUGAAAAUCUUCCAUUACAAGUGGAUCAUGUUAGUUUUUUUUUAAACUUUAUUGUUGCACAUACUUGUAGUGUGGCUUAUGCUCAGUCAACUUUCUUUUUUUGUGGUGGAAGUGACGUGUUGGUGGGUCGUUAUGUCUUAUAUAGUUGUACUGCUCAUUUUCAUCUGGAAUGGUGGGUUUAUUAGUGCUUCUGUGUGAAACAGUAUUUUGCCUCAGUGUCCUCUUGCAUCUUUCUUAUGAAAUGAACAGUUUGUACACUUCCCAGUGAAUUACUUGACUGAAACCUGUAACAAGCACUGUAGUGGUCUAAUAUUUUUGUAUGCCAAGUCGUUAACUGUGAACUGAUCAUUUCUUUCAUUGCAUAUCCUUAGCUUCCCAAAUUUAACAAUGGCCAGCUAGCUAGGUGUUCUGCAUCUUGUACGUUUAUAAGUUUUAUAACUUGAGCAACUCUUCUGCUAGUAUUUACACAAAAUAAUUAACCAUCAAUUUGAAGCAGCAGUACCCGCGGUUUGACCCAGUUUGCAUUAUACAUCUAUAUUUGUUGUGUUCAGGCAUGUAAGACACCUGUGACUAUUCUCGCAUUGUAUUGAUUUUGAGAGUGAUCAUCGCCAUAAUUAUGACAUGACCGAGCAGGUCUGAUGAUGUAAUGUCGGCACUUUCUGCUGGCGCUUACGCUCAACGAUGUCAACAUUUACACGUUGUUGUACAUGAACUUUAAAUGUCAUGUUACUAUGCACUGGAGCUGCUACGUUACAUACUUGCCAUUGCUGUUACGCUUUAAACAUUCACCUCAUAUAUGUGCCUUAGCUGUGGCAAAUUAUGUUAUACUUGUAAUGUAGCACACAUUAAGGGAAGUGGCCUUCUAUAAUUGUUUAUCUUUUUUAGUCUUGUAUAUUUAGAUGAGUUCCACGGAGCUCGAUUGAAGCCGGUGGGUUUGUUGUGGCCUGCUUUCGUUUUCACUCUCAUCUGUGUUGGUGCUCUUUGGUGCAAUGAUGGAAUCACGUGCAAGAUGUUAGUAUAACAUUACCUUUUUUUUUACACAAUAAAGUUCCUUUACAUUUUUCUGA